CAUUGUAGAGGAAGGAGUACUCUGCACGCCAUCUGUUUUACACUGUCCAAGUUUGAAACUGCAGGGGCCAUGUUGGAUUGGAUUUCAACAUUGUACAUCAGUAGUUGUUCUGUUUUGGUCCGUCUCUGAAGUGGAUUAGAACUCUUCGAACGACAUUAUUGACCACAGGCGCUGAGAAUCAAUCUGAUUUGCAGUCAACCGUAAAGCACGCAAUUUGCGUUGCUCGCCCACAUUUUUCAGUGUUGUCAUUUUCUUCUCGCCCUAAUAGUCCUCACUCAGCGACCAUCGAUGUCUGGAUCAGCUGGUUAUAACCUUUGAACAGCCGAUUUUCUUUCCAGAACAGAGCUAGAAAUUCUCGCAGAAUGGCUUCUCUUGACAUUACGGUGAAGACUUUGGACUCUCAAAAUCACAAGUUCAAUAUUAGUGAGGAUAAAACUGUCAAGGAGUUUAAAGAGGAAAUUGAGAAGGUAAUCAAUAUCCCCGCCAACGUCCAGAGACUCAUUUACUGUGGGAGAGUUCUGGCAGAUGAGAAACCACUUAAAGACUAUGAUCUGGACAAAAAGGCGGUCCACCUGGUUCAGCGAGUACCAUCGUCCCAGAGACCACCCCACCCGUCCGGGGCCAGCUCUUCUGCUAGGUCAUCAGCCACUAACAGCCCUCGCCGCGUUCAUGUCAGCACCGCUAGAGGAUUUGAUACAAAUACACUGGAGAUGAUACACUUAGCCGCUCACAACAGAAUAAAUCUUGUUAAUCACAUGCUCACCUGCGCUGAAAACUGCGUGGCUCGUUUGGAAGAUCCAAACGCAACACCUCCGCCUCCUGCAGAUCACAUAAAUUUCAGUGCACUUGCCCAGGAAGGAGAUUCUCCCUUUUCAGCUCCUGAGGUGGCAGGAACGUUGACAACUUCCAUAUCUAUGGGUGAUCAACUUGAGGGCGCUAACUCGAAUUCGCUUGGAGGAGCUGUGACUGCUGCUGUCGCUGGAGCGCUGUCCGCAAUUGUAACGGCAGUAAACACAUCGAUGGGAGGUAGCAUCACUGUAGGAGCUCCAAACAUCACCGUCACUUCCAUGUCCUCUGACGUGCCGAUGGACUCGCCUCCUCACCCUGGACCGACUCCUCUGGAAGACACAUCAGAACCAGCAGCUGCCUCCGCAACCUCGACUGCAAGUGCUGCAUCAUCUUCAGAAACGCGUUCAAACCCAGAAAGGCCAGCCAGCGCAACUUCCUCUACGCCUAGUGCGGCUCAGCAACGACCAAGGAGAGGAUCUCCAAUUAGCGUGAUGGCUGAUGCCAUUGACCGUAUCAACAGAAUCCAAGACAGACUCCGUCCAUUUUCGGAUCAGCUUACUCGCACCAUGCGUGAUGACCCUGUUUUCGUAGGAGAGAACAACAAUGUGGAGGAGGUGCAGCGGCAGUUCUCGCUGAUGUCGGAGACAAUGCACUUCAUUAGCCACGCGUACCACCACCUCUCAGACCUGAGUCUUGGCUUGGCCAGACCGCCGCCACGCACCCUGGGCGUCCGCUCACUGGUGCUGCAGCCGGCCUUUGUGCAGGGUGUCGGCUUUCCCCUGCAGGCGCAAUUUAAUUAUGUAUCCGGCCGCCUCUCUCCACCUGGCUCGUCCCCCUCGACGGCCGCCAGUCCCACUCCCCCGGCCACCGCCAGCCCCACUCGUCCCGCCAGUGGUAGUCCUGCUCCAGCUUCAACUUCCUCAACACCAGCUCAGGAGUCGAUUGCCCGACAGCUCAUGCCAGAGCUGAUUAUGGGUCCAGCAGCCUUCGAGUCUCGCAGGAGCUCGUUCACGCUGCCGUCAGGAAGCAACGUGGAGGUGGUCAUGGAGAUGAGUCCCGGAAGCCUGGCCUACGUACCCGGCUCCAUGGGUGGAAUGCACGCUCACACUCACCACGUGCAGGAGGCGUCGCCCGACCUGAUGCGAGCCUUCAUCAUGCACGCUGUGAACCAGCAGCUGGGAGGAGCUGUCGCGAACGCACCUGCCAGCACCUCCAACACUCCGACCGCUGGUGUGCCUGCUGGUGCUGCUCCCUCAUCGGGGGGAAACUCUGGCCAGAACAGCCAGGCGAGAGGCACCACCACCACAAACCCCACUACGUCAACGCAGACCAGAUCCACACCCAGACCACAUGUGCAUUUGGCUCCAGUGAACGUUCCUGUGAGCAACAUGUUUGAUCCCUACUUGGUGUGCAGCUCUCAUCACACCCAUAUCAGACGCAGACAAGUAGAACCAACACAAACCACGACUGCAAGUAGCACGGCUACUCAGAGCGGACCUGCGAAUCAGACUAGACAGCCUGCUGCAGCUGCCGUCACCACCGCCGCCGCCGCCGCCACCCUCGCUGCUGCCCCUCAGCAGCCAAGACCUCCAGCUGUCCCAAACAUUUCUGCUGGUCAGGUAGAUGACAUGUUGCGCCGCAGCUUCAUGGAAAUUCUUCCUCCCGAUAGUUUUGCAAACUGGAGAAUGCCAACCAUCAACUGGCCAACAUCUCCAGGACAAGAGGAGUCUGUGUUCUCGGCCAUAAUAAACUCAGUUACCCAAAACCUCACACUGGAAGAUAUCUUGCAGUUGAGCUUGCAACAAGGCACUCCCUUGAGUCGCAUUCGCGCGCCUAUCAGGGAUAUUGUCAAUAGGCAACUCAUGCGAGGCGAAUCUGCCACUCCAGAAAAUCUGAACCGAGCUGUCGAUAGAAUCAUGCACGAGAUACCGGUUGUUAAUAUGCUGCAGGGUUCCAAUCAGCUGCGUCCUGGAAUCAACUUGCAAGAAUCGUUCCGCCGAUUUUACCGUGAUCAGCUCACUGCCUUUCUGGAACUCAUCAAUAGCGAAAGUAUAACUCCAAACCAGUUUGGCCCACGACUUUUAGGAUUUAGCGGUCAGUUCCUUCGUUAUCUCACUUCAUUGGUUCUGCUUUGCUGUCGGGAUGGCCGCAGAGGACUGGAGGACUUUGUUCACUCCACUGUGAGCCGAUUGAUCCCCAGCAAUGCUACACCCGUACCGAUAUCAGUGCAGCACGGGCGCAACUCUAUGUCUACAUACUUCCUAUCCAUGCAAAUUGACACGGCGGCCGUAGAGAGGUACGUGCAGCGCCUACCGACUGCCCCAGACUCAACUGCUUCGAUUCCGGCUGAGAGUCAGACAGCAACUCCACGCACUGCCGCCAGCGAAGAGGCGAUGGAGUGCGAUGAGGAGUUUGUCCUGGCUGCCGAGGAACUGCCCACACAGCAGGCGGCACCUCCCAUCAAAGAGGAAGAGGAGGGAGCCACUGUGCUGCCUCCCCUGGAGACUGAAGCCAAUGCCACUUGCAAUGUGGUUGUUGGAGCAGAAGAAUGGCACACAGGACUGGAAACGGAUUGGGUGCCUGUUAUAAGCCGCGACAUUCAACGCCAGCGCCGUCAGACUGAGCAGCCGCCAUUCAGCGAUUCAUACCUCUCUGGCAUGUCAAGCAAGCGGCGCAAGCUGGUGAGCAACGGCAAGCCCCAAGGUGGCGUGAACCAGGUGAUUGCCAAGGCAGUGGCAAACGCGGCUACCACGAUCGGGAUACCGAAUACUGAACAACUGGCCAAGGCGGCUGGCUCGGACAGCGGCGUGCAGGCCGCCUACAAGGAGGAGGUGAAGAAGUGUGUGCAGCAGCAGCUCUCCCUGAACCCAGACUUCACAGCCGAGCGUUACCCCAACGCUAACAAGUAUUUCAAGCCGACAAAGCAGUAAACCUGCCUCUUCCUCACUUCGAUUUUUUUUUUCAACAACAGCUGUCCAGUCAGUUUAAUUGUUUUGUACACUACACUGCUCUUUGCGUAUACAUAACUUAAGCUAGGGUUGAAUGCACACACAUGCAGAUUAUAUCAUAUUAAACACGCGAUUCAGUUCCAUUCUUUUUAAUCUCUGCGCAAGUUUUGUUGACUAAUUUCGUUGGGAGGUUGUAUCGAUGAAAAGGGUUUCAAUCAAGUUUGUAAUUUCAUUUUAUCCGAGUUUUUGGUCAGUCGGAUUUUUUUAUUUUUUCCGACAGCGUGACAAUUUGAGCACAGUUCAUUUAAGAGGGUGCUGAUCGAAAUGAUGUCGGAGCACAAUACAAUAGCGAUCUAUUUAUACCGCUAAACCAGAAAGCAGAUUUACACGAGGUAGUGUGCUUCGCCAAAGUUUGUGUUGGUUUCCGAUGUCGUGUUGGCAUAUCAAAGUAAACUGCCUGUACGUUGGUCAAUGGGGUGUCCUGAUGGUCAUUGGAGAACACGGCCGAAAUUUAAUCAAUUUUCAUUGGACUUCUACGUUAAUGUGUAACUUGAUUGAUGUGCAUCUAAUCUGUAAAAUACAUUCGUAUUCAUAAUAAAUAAUCACUAGAUAAGACAAA